CUGGUAUGCUGUGGUUUUAAUAGGCAUUGUCUUUAUUAUUUUUAUGGGUGCCUUUAUAAAGUGCUGUGCAGUUCAUACUCCAUCUAGUAACCCCAAAAAACCACCAGCAAGACACCUUAGUGAGACACUACGAAGACCGAUGAAUACCUUGAGAAGAAUGCGACAUCCAUACACAAAUAGAGGAGAUGGUGAGGCUCGAAGUAUUCCAUCAAGACCCGGCCAUGUGUUUAACGAAUCUCAAGGUCUGUCGCACAGCCAUUGUGAAGGACGAAGAUCGCAAUACUUUUCGAAAGGAUAUCGCUCGAUUCCCACAGCUAGUGCACCAUCAGACAGCUACAACGGAUCAGUCAUAGCAGCAUCACAAUCCAAUAGUGGCCAAGCAAGAGUCAGUUGUAGCUCAGGCCUCGAACACAACCAUCAUCCAGAACUCUAUGCCAGUGCCUACUUGACCGGCCGAAGUGGUCGGAACUUAAGCAACCAAAUGAGGCAUCAUAACAUUUGAUGCAACAGCUUGAUCUUUUUUUGCAUCUCAAUCUUUUAUUAUCUCUAAAUCUUCUUCAUCGCCUGUGCUCUAGGGCUCUUUUGUGGUAAGAAUAAGACAUGUGUUUUUAAAUAAUGGCUGGCUACAACUUUUCUAAACCCUUAAUAAUACUUUUUGGUGUUAGUAAAUCCUACUGGGCUAAAAUAUGCUUCUUUUGCUCUUUUGUUAACGUUUUUUUAAAAGCCUUACAGUAGACUACAGAUUACAUGCGUGGCCGUUAUUUACAACACUUUGCUAGUAAAUGAAAGCUUAUUCAGAGCUGCUAUGUAUAAUUAAAGUUUGUAAUCAAUAAUAUUUUGAUUUUCU